AUGGCAGAUCAAUCUAAUGAUGUUCCACAAACUACAUAUAAUGAUGAGUUCAAAAGUGAUUUUCAUGUUGGUGACCUUUCCUCGUCAGAUACAACGCUACCAUCACCUGCGCAAAGUUCAGAGGAUCUUUUUAGUAAUGAAGACGUCACUUCUGCUAGUCUUAAUGAGCAAACAGCAAUAGCAUCUGUGCGUGAUGAUCAUGUUGAUGGAGGAUCAUUUCCUGAGCAAAGCUCGGAAGCUGUACGCAAUCGCAAACCAGACAAUGAAGUGACUGUUACUACAACUCCUUCUGACGUGGAUAUAAGCAAUACGGAAGCAGUUGCUGAUACAUCAUCUGAACCCGAUCUGGAUGAUUCAGAGCAUCAUGCUGAAGAAACGAGUUUAUUAAUCUUUAGCGAAUCGAUUGCAGAAUCAAUAAUGGCUGUUAGAACUCAUCCACCAGCUAAUUUUCGUCUUGACUAUGAAUCUGAUGGUCGACGUCGAUAUUUUAGAGAUCCUAUGGUUAUUGAUCAACCAGUUUCAUUUCAGUUUGUUGAUUCAAAAACAAUUACAUUUACAACUCCACCAUGUCUCAUAGAAGCAAAUGAAAAUCAUAAAAUAGAAGUUCCUAUUGUUGUUCGUCAAAAUAAUCGAGAAACUACACGUGUUAGUUUUUAUUAUGAACCAUGUGAGUAA